GAGUCGCGUAGCCAUAUCAUUUUCAACAAUUUUACUUCUUGUGAAUUACCACUCAUCAUUAAGAACACAACAUUCGAACAUGACUAAGAAAAUCAUUAUUGUUGGCGGCGUCGCGGGUGGCAUGUCCGCGGCCACCCGCCUUCGACGUCUCGAUGAGUCGGCUGCCAUCACUGUAUUCGAACAGGGAGGUUACACCGGCUUCGCCAACUGCGGCAUACCCUACGCUCUAGGGAACGUCAUCAAGAAUGAUGAUGCGCUGAUCCUGCGUACACCCAACGACUUCAAGGAGCGCUUUAACAUCGAUGUUCAUCUUCACACGGAAGUCGUCGGCAUUGAUCGUGAAAAUCACCUGGUCAAUGUGCGGACCGUGGGAACGGAUGACAUUCGCCAAGUUGACUACGACAAACUCAUUCUGGCUCAAGGUGCCGAAGCAUUUCGGCCUCCGGCUGAUGGGGCAGAACUGGACCAUGUCGUCACGAUGCAGACGAUCUCCGAUCUUCAAAAAGUCCGUGCCUUAAUGUCGGACCGCGAUGUGAAGCACGCUUGCAUAAUUGGAGCCGGCUUCAUUGGUGUGGAAGUAGCUGAGAACAUGCGUAAUCUCGGGCUCGAGGUUUCGAUGGUCGAGUACGGGUCACAUGUCUUUCCACCAAUUGAUGCCGAUAUGGCUGAGAUUCUUCACACAGAGCUUAAACGCAAGGGAAUCAAGUUGUUUCUAAACGCUACGUCUAAGAAGAUCGAGAAGUCGCGCGUCCUCUUGACUUGUGGAUCUGAGGUACCCGCAGACUUGGUAAUUUUGGCAGCGGGAGUGAGGGCCAGGACAAGUCUGGCAAAGCAGGCUGGUUUGGAUUUGGGAAGAACCGGAGUCAAUGUUAACUCGCACAUGCAGACUUCGGACCCGGACAUCUACGCAGUUGGGGAUAUGGUCGAGACUCAACACACCAUCAUGGGACAACCGGCCAUGCUCGCCUUGGCCGGUCCGGCAAACCGACAAGGGCGACUUGCGGCCGAUCAUAUAUGCGGCAAGGAGGUACAAUAUCGCGGCAAUGUCGGCACCGCUAUCUGCCAAGUCUUUGACCUGACCGUUGGCUUCGUGGGCCUUUCUAUCAAAGCGCUUCGUCGAUUGGGCCACGAUCCUCUCUGGGUCACAGUGCAUCCCCCAGACCAUGCAAGCUAUUAUCCAGGCUCACAAGCGAUGACGAUCAAACUCGCCUUUCAGAAAGAGACGGGCCGUAUCUUGGGAGCACAGAUUGUAGGCAAGGCUGGUGUCGACAAACGCAUUGACGUGCUCGCGACAGCCAUGCAAUUUGGCAUGACAGUUUUUGAUCUGGAGCAUCUUGAACUAGUUUACGCACCACCGUACGGCUCGGCGAAGGACCCAGUCAACAUGGCCGGCUUUGUGGCUUCGAAUGUUCUCCGUGGAGACUGUGAAAUCAUUCACGCCGAACAGUUCAACGCCGAGAAGCUCGGUGAGUUACAGAUUGUGGAUGUCCGCUCGCCUGGGGAAUUCGCGCGUGGCCAUCUUUCGGAAGCGAUCAAUCUACCAGUCGACAGCUUGAGGCAUCACUUGUCCGUCCUGGAUAAGUCACUACCAGUGGUUGUGUACUGUCAGGUGGGCUAUCGCGGCUACCUAGCCUACCGAAUCCUUAAACAAGCAGGGUUUGAUGUUACUAACCUCGACGGUGGCUUCAAGAUGGUGGCCGAGGGGGGAUUCAAGUUGAUCGAGGGUUAAGUCUGUUUUACUUUCAAAUUUUCAUAACUUAUAGGAAUGGAAAUCAUCAUGAUAAUUGGAUAAGUGAUAAU